AUGGCAAACAAAGGCAAGCCCUGUGCUUUCCUUCUCAUUCUCUUCCUUUGUCUUGCUUCUUUUAUUACUCUUAAAGCACUUGACAAAAGCGAUACGACGCUGACCAAGUGCAUCAAGAGUUGCCAACGGAACCCUCAGAGCCCAGAGGAGCGAUAUCGGGCUUGUCAGCAGCACUGCGAGAUCACUGAACUGCAGCACCGCCCUGAGUGCAGACAACAGUGCAUAGACAACCUCAGGAUUCUUCAGAAGUUCUUGGAUCAUUCCAAGCUUUUAUCAGGCAUCAACAGCUUCCGUUUUGGAUUUCUUGUGGUCGGUCCUCACGCGUUUCUUGUCCCUAGCCAUCUGGAUGCGGACCUUCUUAACGUUGUUCUUCGAGGAAGGGGAAGAGUGAGCUUGGUACGUUCGAAAGGAAGAGAGAGCUUAAGUCUUCAACCUGGCGAUAUCUACAGAAUUCCUGCAGGAACAACUGCUUACUUGAUCAAUAUAGACAAGAGUGAGAAACUUGUGAUUGCGUCGCUCAUCCAACCUGUUUCCACUCCAAGCAAAUUUGAGGUGGAUAGGGAUAGGCUGCAGAGAUUUCUGGGACAAAAGAAUGAGGGGUUCUUCGUCGACGCUUCUGAAGAGCAAAUCAGGGCUUUGAGUGAUCAUGCAGGUGAAAAAGGGUCAUGGCCUUUUUAA